CUGUAGAAAUGCAGAUUUCUGUCCAUUAGAAAUGAAUUUCGAAGGUUAAUUGUUAUGAUUUUGAUUAAAAAUUAGCAUAAUUAUACAAGAAAGUUAAAAUGAAGCGCUCACGUGCGCUCUAACAUACUCGAAUUUGAAUACAUUCGAGUUAUAAUCUUGACUUCUGUAUUUAUCCCCGACUCCUGUCCACAUGUUUGUGCGAUAAGAUAUCACUGUCUACUUCACUUAAUGAUAAUGUAUAAGGACUUAGUUUGAAUAAACAGAGGAAUUUCUAAAUUAAGAAAUUAAGGAUACUAACCAUUUAAUUAAGUCAUAAUGCCAGCCAAUGUAGAAGUAUUGAUAAAAAAGAAUGGUAACGCCACCGGAGAGGGCCCACACUGGGACGAGCAUACACAAUCACUUCUGUAUGUUGAUAUACACGCCAAAGAAAUGCACAGAUGGUCUGCAGCUACAGGGAAAGAUGAAAAAUACACUUUCGAUGAUUACUGCUCUCUGGUAGUACCAUGUAAGAAAGGAGGUUAUAUAGUGAGUAUUGGAAAGUCGGUGUGCCAUUUUGAUUGGGAUUCCAAGAAACUGGAUGUGUUACAUACUGUUGAUAAAGACAAAGGAACGAGAAUCAACGACGGAAAAUGUGAUGCUUCAGGCAGACUUUGGUUUGGUGAAAGGAACAAUCGUCAUUCUACAUUUAGUUUCAAUUAUGUCAUAAAGUACUUAGAAGUCGAUGGGACUUUGAAAAAGCACAAAGAAGGAGUCAGUAUAUCUAAUGGUCUUGCGUGGACAGCCGAUAACAAAACCAUGUAUUAUAUUGAUUCAAUUCCAAGAAAAGUGUUCGCCUAUGACUUCGACAUUAAUACAGGAAAUAUGAGUAAUGAACGCACAGCUAUAGACUUUGAUAAAGUCGAAGGAUUGCCGAAGUUAGCGUUACCGGACGGAAUGACAAUAGAUACAGAAGAUAAAUUGUGGGUGGCAUGUUUUCUAGGUGGACGAAUUACUCGUUUUGAUCCAGUAACAGGAAAAGAAAUUGGUCGUGUGGAUGUACCAGCUAAGCGAUCCACUUCCUGCUGCUUUGGCGGUAAGAAUUUUGAUGAACUUUUCAUAACAAGUAUAACAGAUGGCGCUACAGAAGAGGAGCUGAAGGAGACACCAGAUGCAGGUUCAGUUUUUCGCGCAACCGGACUUGAAGCAAUAGGAAAACCUGCACCGGUUUAUGAAGGGUGAAAAAAACAUUUUGCGGAUUCAGACUUACAUUAUUGCAUAUAGAUGAUUCUUAAAUGAAAUGUUUUGUGCGGAAAAAUGCACUUAAAUACAUGUAUGGAUCCAUAUCUUACACGAUGUGUUUCUUUAAAUGACCCUGUCAGGUGCUUUUUUGAGUCGCCACAUAUAUGUAAUCUUGACUCCUGGUAUUCAAUAAUCUUAGUAUUUAUGAAUUAUGCAGACUAUUAUGUGGUGAUUUGUUUGAAAAUAUGUAUUAUUGAAAUUAUUUUACUUACAGCUCUUAUAUAUCUGUUGCUAGUUGUUUGUACAUUUUUGUUUUCAGUAGUCGGUUAAAAAGCUCAGUCAGAGCUUAUGUUUUAUUGUUGUAUGUCUUGCCGACUUGAAAUAAAACUUAUUUUAUGUUACUUA